AUGGCUCCUCGAGGAGCAGCGAAAACCCGCGAAUACGAUUAUUCCAACGUAGGAAAGGCUGGAAGGCGCACAGGUAUCACGCUGAAAGAAGGUAGACGCGAUGAACAUGGCAUGGAAGAGAUUGACGGGAUGUUUUCGUCCCCUGAGAAGUCCCCUGCCAAUGAAAAUGGGUUUAAUAACGGCAACGAUAUGGGUUCGGAUGGCAUGUCAAUGGAUGAGGGAAAUGCACCUGGCCCCGCAGAUUUUCUAAAUGGCAGACGCGCAUCAUACUUUCCGCCCCCCGUUGCGCGAUCACCUAUGAAGACUGGCCUCACAGGGUCACCGCGGAGGACUCCGGGGUUGCGAUCUUCCGCCAGCCCGCAACGUGACCAUCCUUCGUCCAGUCCAUCUGCUGGUAAAUCACGGGUUAAUGCGAAAGGAAAUUCGCAACGUGACGUCUCCCCACUUUCGCAUCGCUCCGUUAAUGCGCCGUCUUCAAUCCAUGCGAAUGGUUUGCGGAACAAAAAUAAAGCGAAUAUCAGAACAUCAGAACCAGCAGCGACAGAUGAUUUCUCGGACAGCGACGCAAACAGCCAGUUUAUCGGCGACGAAAAUGCAGAUUCAUUCGAGCAGACCCGCGACGAUUUCGCUGAUAAUUUCGCUGCUGGCGACGAUACCCUAUUGGAAGACGAAGCUCCGCAAGCCGUAGAGGAGCAGGAUCAAGAGGGCACGGAUCCGGAUAGUCCGGGCAUGUCUUUCGAGUCGCGCAGAACAGAACAACCUAGGAGUACUACAACGAAAACUAAGAGGUCGGCUUCGGGCAACAAUGGCCAGAUUCAAACCACCGCACAACAGAACGACACCCACGAGCGGGAAUUCGCAUCGAAACCAAAGCGCCCCGGUCGACCCCCAAAGGCGCAGCGCAAGGCCAACGAGGAACCCGAAAAUCACAGACCGUCAAAGAAAGUGAGAACUUCCGCGGAUCGGACCACAGGAGGCGUGAAGGCAACGGGGAAUCCUCAAAUCGACCAUAUAACGGAUACAUACGCAAAACGACAGACGGGGCCCACCAAGGGACGGAGCCUGUAUAUCCUCAAACACGAAGCACCCGCAGAGGACACCGCGGCCCGCACACGAUCAGGACGAGUGUCAAUCAAACCUCUUGCUUUUUGGAAAAACGAAAAAUGUGUAUUCGGAGAUGGGGAGGUUGCCGAGGGCGAUCGAUUUCCUCAUGCGACAGUCAAAGAAGUUAUCCGUACCGAAGAAAUUGAACCCGAGUAUAAGAAAACAAAGUCAGGCAAACGGCGAUCGAAGAAAUCGAAAAGCAAGGACAUUGAAUCGGAGGAUGAGAAUGAAGAUCAUGCCGACGGAUGGGAAAAAGACAACGGCGUUCUUCACGGGUACAUCAGGAAAUGGGACCCUGAGACUCAGGCAGGUAUCGAUGAAGAAGAGGUUCUCGAUAUCGCAUACGCACCUUCUGGGAUCGAGACAAGGGAUGUCAAGGAUGCAACAUUUCGGUUUGCGAAGCUUCUCAGUUCCCCAUUUCUGGGAUCCGGGAUAGUCGAGUUACCGCCUGGGGGCGUCAAAAAGCCUAAGAAUUCAAAGAAGAUGCAUAUGGUCUUUUAUGUCUGUCAUGGUCGAGUGCAGGUUGAUAUAUCUGGGGUACAAUUCAGUGUCGGAAAGGGUAGUGUAUUCCAGGUUCCCAGAGGCAACUAUUACAGCUUUGCCAAUAUUUAUGGGUUCGAUGCCCGACUAUUUUUCACGCAGGGAUGCGUCCCAGCAGAGAAUGAAAACCUGGCUUCCGAAUCAGCUUCGAAGCCAACUGCUAUGGAAGGCGAAUCCACCGCGGACGUUGGUCGUCCUACAAAAGGCAGGCCUAAAGGCAGCAAAAACGGCCCAAAGGGCGGCCCUAAGGGCUCCAAGGGCGCUAAGCAAAAGGCCAGUGGUGGGUCAAAAGCAUCCUAG